AUGUUGGAGCAAAAUCCUAAUUUUCUAGAGGAGUUUGACAAUGAAAAGGAAGAAAAGAAGAAAGAGAGGGAGAGAAAGAAAGAAGAAAAAAGGAAAAAGAAAGAGGAGGAAAAACAGAGGAAGCAGGACAUAUAUGUUGCCAUGAACCGCCGCUGCUGGCAGCCCUGUAAGAAUUCCAUCGGCAUCGAAAGCAAGGUUUUGACUGCUCGGGAUGAAUACCGCGAGUCUAAACUCUGGAAGGGGGUGGAGAUUGGAGGAAAACAGAUGAAGAUUGACCUCAAGGUCAUUGAGCCAUAUAAAAAGGUCCUCUCUCAUGGAGGUUACUAUGGAGAGGGACUAAAUGCCAUUAUUAUUUUCUCGGGAUGUUACUUACCUGACCACAGUAGGAAAGAUUAUCAGUAUGUGAUGGAUAAUUUAUUUAUGUAUGUAAUAAGUACCUUGGAGACCCUGGUUGCCGAGGACUACAUGAUUGUUUAUUUCCAUGGAGCCACACCACGGCGACAGAUGCCAAGCUUUGGUUGGCUGAAAAAAUGUUACCAGAUGAUUGACAGAAGAUUGAGGAAGAAUCUGAAGUCCUUAAUGCUGAUUCAUCCCACGCUGUGGUUAAGAACUAUCGUCAUGAUGACCAGACCAUUUAUCAGUGCCAAAUUUUCCUCCAAGCUGCGGUUUGUGCGGUCGCUGUCAGAACUAGGUCAGAUCAUUCCUAUGGAGUAUAUUUCUGUCCCAGAACAAGUUCAACAGUACGAUGAUAGAAUAAUACAGCACCAGGCUAAAGUUACCUCCCCUAUCCCUCACUCUCCCGAACCCCUUACCUCCCCUUCCUAAUCCCAGAGCAGGCACACACAGCACAUUUAUCACAGCAGAAUAGAAGUCAUGUUAGAGCAAAAUCCUAAUUUUCUGGAGGAGUUUGACAAUGAAAAGGAAGAAAAGAAGAAGGAAAAGGAGAGAAAGAAAGAAGAAAAAAGGAAAAAGAAAGAGGAGGAAAAGCAAAGGAAGUAGGAAGCGAAGGCUGCAUCAAAAGGGAGGGGGCUUAAAGGA